CCUACGCUGUUAAAACCGCUCUUCCCACCAGCAGCUCUGAAUCAUUCACAAAGAGCAGGGAGAGCAGAGCUGAGUCAGUCCGUGCGUAAACUGUCUCUGGCUGGAAGCGUUUCGGUUGUGGUUUGUCUGCGCAUGAGGAUCCCAAAGCUCACGGAGGCACCGGAUAUUUUAGUUAAAUAGAGCGUUUUUAAAGUGUUUUCACAACCAAGAGCCAAAGAGGGGUUUGUGAGAGCGUGCAGGACAGCAAACUUCCACCUGCCCCGUGUGCUUAAAACAUCACAGGGCUCCUGGUUCCUGUAGACGCACGAGGACAUCGUUUGCAUGAAACUGUGGCCAGAUACAACCCGUGGAUGCAACGACGCUCCAUUCAUAGAAGAAAGGUGGAAGAGUGGCAGAGGCUCUGAAGAGGAUCAGCUGACCACCGGGAGGUACACCUCCACCAAAAUUUCCUCCAAACCCGGCCCAAAACGCACCAUGUCUCUCAGCACUUUCCACCUGAUGCAGACUCUUAAGAACUCUCCUGCUGCAUUGCGUCGCCGCUUUCGCCGCGACCGCACAGAGUCUUUAUCCCACGGGGACCCUCUUUUCAAGGUGCACUACCUUGGCACGGAGAAAAUCUUCUCCUUAGACCGAGAGCAGGCCCAGGACGCUAUCAGCCACUUACUUGAUGGCGUUGCUAACGGAAAGAAGCUAAGCAAAGAUCACGCUUUGGUCGUGCGCCCAAGAUACGUCGAAGUCAAGGAGCUAAGUACGGGACGGCAGCUAACGAAGACAUACCUGCAGGAUAUAGCGUACUGUGCAGCGGACGCCAACCGGCCCAACGUCUUCCUCUACAUCUGCAAACAUCAGGGGCAGCAGCUGCAGUGUCGGGUGUUCUGGUGCAGCCGAGCGGAGAGGGCGCGGGACAUGACGGCGUGCCUGGCGCAUUCGUUCCAGCGGGCGCUGAGCGAUUGGCAGGACGGCUCGGCCACGCUGCAGCCGGGAGACGUGAAGGGGAAACGGGUAGAGGAGUCGUCCAACUCUCCCUCGAACAAUAAGAGCUCAACGCUACCUACCAGUCUGGGAAAAGUUCGCUGGAGGAAAAGGGGCUCCGUGUCCCGCAGCCCGCUCAGGGCCAUCAGCAGACGAGGGUCUUCCUCUGAUAGCUGGAACUGAACCCCGACUACAACCCUUGAAACACGGGGACUUUUUUAUCCUGACUACAACCUCGAGGACGACAGCACUGAUGGGAGGGAGGGGAGCUCAACAAGACAGACGGGUGGACAAUGGGGAUUAAACCGGGAAGUGGGUAAAGCCCUUAUUUGGACGUGUGGGGACUCUGCUUGUAUGAAGGUGAUGCAGUAAUCAGUGAGCGUAUGGACUUGAAGGUUUUUUGACGCAGCUAAGUUCUCUUGACUUUCACAGAGUGGCGUCUGAAGAAUGCUGCUGACGGCUGCUAUUGUCUCCCUGUCAGCAGCGACACGAGGACUUGUGUCCGGCUGCAAGCCGUUGUAGGAGCGGACUGAUGAAUUUCCUCUGCUCAUUUUUGGUUGGCUCAUUUAUUUUGUAGGUACUCUAUUUGAUAUUUCAGCCUCCCAAAGAGUCUACUCUGCUGGAAAGAGACGAUUAAACUGACAUCCAUAAGCUGUAUGAGAAGUGAUCGACAGAUCGACAACCAAAAACUGGAAAAAGACGACGAGAGUCUUGAUUUAUUUUAAGGACUGAGUUUUAUUUAACUUUUAUUUGUGACAGGUCAUUUAUUUUAUUUUUAUUUAACCAUGUGGCACUACCAAGCAUCGUUCUCCUUUUUAUUUGGAUGCACGUUGAGAUAAGUUUGGCCAAGACUACACAGAUGUCAUGCUUCGGAGGAAUGACGCACAAGUCUAAAGUAGAACUGGUCUGAAUGCAAAUGAAGCAGUUAGUAUUUCCUAGUUUACCAACUGUAAAAUCUGACACCUGAGCACAACAUAGUUGAACACAAAGAUGAGGAAUCUAAACUGUCUUGAUUUUUUUACAGGUUAGGGUUUCCGCAAAUUAUAAAAAAUAGUCCCGAUUAGAACCUGCAGGCUCAAUAAAACCCUCCACUCAUGCACCACAGCAGCAUCCUGCAAAAAGACACAGAUCCCGACUAUCCUCUGCAAUGAAUUAUUUGCAUUUAUGUGGAAAAAACACACCCGGGCCAUGACUCGCGGGGUUUGUUUGUGUCUGAACACUGGGAACGCUGUGUUCCCUAAUGUGGAGCCUCUAUGUGGAAUGUGUGGCCGUGCACCUGCAUUCCAAUCGGAGAGAAAUUUGAGACGUCGAAUCUUCCUUUAAAAAGAAGCCCCAGAUUCUUCUCCAUGUCUGACCAUGACUUUGAAUAUCAAGCAGCCAAGUCAAUUAAUGCUUUCAGCGCCGUGCCCUUCACUCGCACACAUAAUCAAAGCUGUAAAAGGUGCCUUAACUGCUUCAUUUACAGUGUAAUGUGCGCAGGAUUGCAUAAGGCGCUCUCCUGAUGGUGAAUUCUGUCGUAAGGUUUACAAAUGAGAGAGUUGAGGAUGAACUCUACGUCCUGUGGCGACAAUUUCUAACCACAACUGAGUGUGAAAUCUGAACUUCUCGUUCUUUUUACCAGGAAAGGUGUUUUUUCUGAAGUGCCACUUGGUUUUUAUACCUAAUUUUAACAUUUUAAUGUAUUUUUUUGAACUACAAAAGGCACAGCCGGCCUCACAAAGAAGGGUUGAAGUGCCUGCUUAAAAGCCUGUUUUAUAAAUGUGCUGUUUCAUGUCAUUGUACAUAUUUAAUUAAAUAUGUAUUUUAUGAAGUAUUAAAACUUUUUAUACAACA